AAGGCCAGAAACAACCGUCGGAGCAUCCCAAUUUCUCUUCAUUCUAUAAACCCUAAUAAUUGUCCAUCCAUUCCACGAAUUCUUCCCCCGCCAAACGACGCUGUUCCACCAUGAAAGGGCUUUUCAAGUCGAAGCCGCGCACGCCAGCCGAGCUCGUCCGCUACAUGCGUGAGCUUCUAAUCUUUAUUGAUCGCGGCGCCCAAACCCGGGAACAGAAGCGGGAAAAACAGCGGGAAGAAAAGGUGUCUGAACUCAAUAAAUGCAUCCUGGAGAUAAGGACAAUUCUUUAUGGCAUUGAUGGAGCAGAGCCAGUUUUGGAAGCUUGUACACAAUUGACCCUGGAGUUCUUGAAAGAGGAUACAAUCCGCCUUCUGAUUGUUUGUCUUCCAAAACUGGACUUAGGGGCACGUCAAAAUGCCACUCGUGUGAUUACAAAUUUGAGCAGGCAACGGGUUAAUUCACGGUUGAUUGCUGCUGAGUACUUGGAAAAUAACAUAGAUGUAAUAAAUAUACUGAUACCUGGUUAUGAAGACAGUGAGAUUGCUUUAUCUUACGGUGCAAUUUUGAGGGAGUACAUACGUUAUCAGAGUGUUGCAAGGUAUGUGUUGGAAUCAGCACAGAUGAAGAAGUUUUUUGAUUAUGUACAAAACCCAACUUUUGAAAUUGCAUCAGAUGCUGCAGCAACUUUUAAGGAGCUUUUGACAAGGCAUAAAUCUACUGUUGCUGAAUUUCUUUCCAAAAACUUUGACUGGUUUUUUCGAGAGUACAACUCACAGUUGCUGCAGUCUCCCAAUUAUAUUACCAGGCGACAUGCCGUCAAGCUGUUGGGAGAUAUGUUACUAGAUCGUUCAAAUUCUGCUGUGAUGAUCCGCUAUGUGAGCUCACUGGAUAACAUGAGGAUCCUGAUGAAUCUUCUAAGAGAGUCAAACAAGGCAAUUCAGUUGGAAUCAUUUCAUGUGUUCAAGCUAUUUGUUGCAAAUCAAAAUAAGCCUCCUGAAAUCGUCAGCAUACUUGUCACAAAUAGAAGCAAACUCCUACGAUUCUUUGGCGACUUCAACAUUGAUAAAGAGGAUGACCAAUUUGAAGCAGACAAAGCUCAAGUCAUCAGAGAGAUCACUAAUCUGAAUCCACGGGCUGAUGAUGGUGUGCAGUAGACAAAAGCAGAUCGUUUCUAUCUAUUUAGUCAUUGUACAUCCAGAGAAUGCAACUGGAUACUCGCUCUUUAUAUCUAGUUUAUUUUCUUUGAAAGCGUAAAAUGAUAUACUGAUCCCACUGUAAAUUGAAAAGAAAUUGUUUUACAUUAUCUUGUUUACCUUAAUCAAACCAUGAAA